CCCCCGCAAGCGAACGAAUCACGGAAGCCCAAACAUUUUUUUUCGUUCGUCAACCGAUCCCUUGCUCCUCCUUAACGUCUCCCAAAUUCAUCAAAAACCCUAAUUCUUCUCGAAUCAAUUCCUAGGGUUUCCAUCGCCAAAAAAAGGAAAACAAUUCGAAGAUCGAGAUCGAAUCCUAGGGUUUCUGGUCAUGGAUUGGGGGAACGUCACGACCGAAGAUCUGAUCGAUGCGCUUCGAGAAGUGGAUUGGUCCUCUCCCCCUCGCCCCCUCAGCGAGUUCUUCUCGAGAUUCACGGCUCCGAGAUCCUACAACAAAUGGAACAGCAGAGUCAAGUGCAAUCUUUACUACUACCGGACAAAUUACUUCAUCAUGAUAAUAUUCUUUCUUGGGAUGGCAUUUAUUCGGAAGCCGGUUGCAAUUGUUGCUGCCUUUUUAACAGGCUUAAGCAUUGCAUUUCUGAAUGACAGCUUUGCAGUUACCUUUAAUGAAAGGGUGACCAGGACCAUAAGACAGUUUUCUCCUCAUUUGGCUGCGAAAAUGAGGCCAUCUAUAGCCCCUGUUCUUCGUGGACGUCCAUCCGCUAGAAGAGCAAUUCAUAUAUGUGGACGACCUCGUUGGGUGUUUGUGUUGAUGUUCUCAGCAGCAAGUUGCAUUCUCUGGCUUACUUCUUGUAGUCUCCUCACUGUUCUCUGGGCGCUUGUGGUUGGUCUUACAGCAACUUUACUUCAUGCCAGCUUCAGAACACCUAAUCUGAAAGCAAGGCUAAACACAUUCCGUGAGGAGUUUCGUGCAGUGUGGCGCAAUUACAGUGAGCUGUAGUUUCGCUCCUUUAGAGUAUAUUAUGGCUUUUCAGUGAUACAAAAUCAGCUAGAUCUUUGGGUGGCUGGUCAACUAUUCUUAUCCAGGCCGGGAACCUGCUAUAGGAACGUGAUUCUAAUUUCUGCAGAGUCUCUGCAAGAAAGCAUAGCCGAACACUGCUGUGAUAAGCCAAUCUAUUUUUCAUUCGGUUACAUAAAUGUCUGUAGCUAAGGUUAAAGAUCAUGGUUGUCAGUAAUUUGCGGAAUUAGUUAAGGAACAGACAAAUGGUUGAUGGCUUUUGUUGUCGGGUGGUUGUAACAUCACUACAGGAUCCGUGAUAGUUGUUAUUGGACGUGGAUUGCAAAAGUCAGGAAGCUAGUCUAUUUUCUUCUC